ACAAAAAGAGCGAACGCGUCGCUCUGAGAACAAGUUUGAUAAGAAACGAUUGUGCGUGUAGGUGAAUGAGAUUUUUUUUGGUGGAACAAAGAUAACGCUUUAGCACGGUGAAAACGUAUUCGUGGUGAGCAGUGAAAAGUUGAGAGAAGUGAGAAUUUUGUUAGCGAGACGGCGUUCGUCGUCUCAUCUGGCAAUCGGCACCGGAAGAGAAGCUGUGUCUGUGCGUGCAGUGGUGGCCGUUUUCCGUCGAGUUUCGGGUGUGUUAUUUUUUUGACAACCCCGGGGGCUCAACAUCCUGCGAGAGAGUGGAAAACUCUCAGUCUUCGAGCUGCUAGCAAGCAGGACGCACACGUAACAACACAGUGCUGCUAUUUGAAGACCGCCAACAUUGAUUGGACCCAGUGGAAAUAACCGGUCAUAUGUUGAUGGGGUAUGUCUGCGGUUUUUGUGGUUCCCUAGUUUCGUGCUGUGUGUGUGGACAGUGGCGUUGGGUGCAAAGUGUAUUUCAAUCGUAGAUUCGUUUGUAGAUAAUCCCCUCAAUUUGAAGGUGUGUGUACCGCCAGGUGGGAGAACGGUGAAUGUGUGUAGGGUGCGUGUGAGAACAUAAUGUCGAUCACAAUCAAUGGGAUUGAUUGACUGUCCGGGUGAGUCCGGGUACGUGGCUUCGUACAAUGUCUGGCACACGAUUAUAUCGAUCGCAUCGGCAUAUCAAACACUCACACUAGCUUUGAAGGUGUGCCUAACGCUUAGAUGAUAGAUCUCUCGAUCGACGACCACUGUGAUGACAGUCGACAAUCAAUAGGGUCGACUCGUGCGGCACGCUUACACCUUCUCCCACCUGUCCAAAGUGAUCUCCAGUCGGUUCCGGUGAUGACGAGGCAAAGGUUUCUAAUUGACACACGCCAUUAGUGGUGGGUCGCCACGAUCAGUGUCGAAGGAAACCUUCGCGUAUCUUGUGCACCACAGCACAAGCGUUCAAGCAAUCGCGAAUUGAAGUGGAGUUCCCUAAACAGCAACGUCUAGCAGGAGCUAAGAAAGUGAAAUAAUAUCUGUACAAAAAAUAAUAAUUUUAAGUGUAAAAAAUACUGGUGGCUAUUGUAAAGUGUUUUAAAAACUAUAACGAAAUAUGUAAAUAUUUAGCUAUUAUUAGUAUUACAUAACAACUUCGAUGUGUAGUUGAUAUUACGGUAAAGCAAUUCGUGGAAAAAGUGCAUCAGUUUAAUAAAAAGUGAAUCAUAGGACUUGGGAAUGGAAGAAAACACCGUGCUUCAUGUUGCGUUAGCUUGAAAAAAUCACAAUAGGCACAUUUUGGCCAAAUCGUAUGUAUUUCCUACUGUGAAAUAGUGUUCCAUCUGGGGGAUCUUUAGAAAGUGUGAAUAAUCCAGUGACCAGAGCAUCGCUAGCUAAAGUGGUGAUGGGUGUGCUAAUAUGUUAAAGUGCUAUUAGUGGAACUAACUAUCGAUCACAUCACACGCUACAGUGUUUAGUCCUUCAACUUAACGCCAAACGCAACAACAACAGCAAAGAACCGAAUGACUCGGAAAUGAACCUGUUCCCCUGUUUUCGGUGGAACGUCUUGCGGCAAACCAACAAACCCGGCGGCUUGCAUCACGCUCGGGCAAAUCAUGGUGAUAUGAAUUUCCGAUUUGCAUAAAUUUGUUGUGAUGUAAUUCCCAAUGUGUGGUCUACAAAGCCCAGAACGGCUUGCCAGUGCGUACGAUACCGUUUGCCAGUUACUAUGAUCGUUUCUGUUCAUCGCAACUACCAGCCGGAACAACGCUGAGCUGAUGGCGACCCGCGUGUUUUAUAUUCACCCCAUCGCAAGACGAUUACACGCUCCGGUGGGUCGAACAAUACGGGUGCAACUGUAGGACGCCAUUAUGAAUCCGUAUGACAGCUGGAGCCAUGAUCGAUCGAACACGGUGGAGCGUUUCACCGUCCCGUACCAGACAAUCGGUUUUCGGCACCGAAAAUGACAUCAUAGUGUGCGCUUUUGUGCGGAAGAAGAUGUUUCCGUGUGUGUAUGAUUCUGUUUGUGAUGCUCCUGGAUGGAGAGCGAUAGUGAACGGGAAGUCAACAUGAUGGGGCAUGGAUUACUGAGAUUAAGAAACGUGACCGAACGUGUUGGAAGUGUAGUUUGAAAUGUUGUGUGUAGAGUGUAUGUUAGAAUUUGGUUCAGUUGCAAAUUGAGUAAGCUGUCCCGGAAACAAGUGUCCGAAUGAUAAAAGCUACCAGUGCGUCCCAAACACACACAAGAGGGAGGACUAUCAGUGUCCUAGCCGCCAUUAAAAGUGCUACAAAGUAGUGUACAUGCGCUCACGAUUAGUGUACAGUGAAAAUUAAUUUGUAAACCCGUUGUAUGUAAACUAGCAGCAGCGAGACAAACAGCAUCCGCGUGUAUGUAGGUAAGCUAGUGGAGAAACGUAUGACAAACUAUGGCCCUGACGGACGGUAGACGCCCGACGAAAGAAACACAUGCCUGGACCGCAUGGCCAUGGUCCACCGCACGGGAAGCGUUACGGGUGACACCGAACGCGGCCGGCAGUUCCAGCACGACCACGACGACGACCACCAUUACCUCCUAUACCGCUUUACCGUCAACGGUUUCCUCCCCAGCGGCCUUCCAUUCCACGAGCACCAGUGUCCGCACGCCGUACAGUAGUAGUACGGUUCCGCCGGGCGUCCGAUCGCAAACACGAUUGACGACCGUGGUCGAUCAACUGUCAUCACUUGUGUCGUCCACAGUGACCGGCAAUGCUGACGAUGGUGGGACGGAUGGGGACCUUUCAACAUCCGUGUCAUCGUCGUAUGGUACCGGUGACACCGCCGGCAGCAGCUUCCCGACCGAACCAACCAUCCAGACGGCUGGCAGUGUACGCAAUCUCACCGAAACCCUCUUCUCCAACUAUACCACGGUUGGUACAGACUACGGUGGUGACAUAUCCAAUGGCUCCUCGUUCUCGCCCCCGCCGUCCUCCCCGUUGGUGGAUGGCCGGGGGUCCACCAUACCGGGUCUAUCGCUCUCCUUGCCCGAUCUGCUCGAGGAGGACGAGCUGAUGGCGUUGUGGAACUGUACCAACUGUUUUUUGCUCAAUUACGGUACGUCCGGUGGUGUCAACGGUACGGCCAAAUACUACGGCAAUGGUACGGUGGAUCCGCGCGACGUGCUAUUGCUACCGAAUGACGACGAUGAUACAUUCGCCAGCGAGACGACAAUCUAUCUGAUACGUGUGAUCGCGACCGCUAUCGUGCUGGGAAUAGUCAUCCUUGCGACUGUUAUCGGCAAUGUUUUCGUUAUAGCGGCCAUCCUGCUAGAACGGAAUCUGCAGAGCGUUGCCAAUCACCUGAUACUGUCACUGGCCGUCGCGGAUCUACUUGUUGCCUGUCUAGUGAUGCCACUCGGUGCCGUGUACGAGGUGUCAAAAGAGUGGCGACUCGGUGCCGAUUUGUGCGACAUGUGGACGUCAAGCGAUGUACUGUGCUGUACCGCUUCCAUCCUUCAUCUGGUGGCCAUCGCACUGGACCGAUACUGGGCAGUGACGGACAUUGACUACGCACACCAGCGUACGGCCCGCCGAAUAGGUUACAUGAUCAUAAUCAUCUGGACGCUAUCGGUGCUGGUAUCGAUAGCCCCCCUACUCGGCUGGAAGGACCCCGAGUGGGAAACGCGCGUCUACCAAGAUCUGCAGUGUAUCGUAUCACAGGACGUCAGUUAUCAGAUCUUUGCGACCGCGUCUAGCUUCUACGUGCCACUGCUGGUCAUACUUUUCCUGUACUGGCGAAUAUUUCUUGCCGCCCGGAAACGGAUCCGUCGAAGGCAGCAGGUAACUGCGACGCAGACGGCGAGCGGCGGCGGUAUGAUAGCGAACGUGGCUGGCGGUUCGGGCGGUAUCGCGGCGGCGGUCGUCGCGGUGAUCGGGCGACCCCUGCCAACGAUCAGCGAAACGACGACCGCCUUCACGAACGUUUCCUCCGCCAACACGAGCCCGGAGAAGGGUUCGCUUGGCAAUGGCAUCGAGCGGGACCGGAUCGAGAUCGAUCCACCGACGGCGGACAUCUCGAUGGCCUACCCGUCCGGCAAUCAGGCGUCCUGCUCGUCCACCCGACCGCCCGGCUCGUCCGGGCUCGCCUCGCGCAAGAAGACACAAUCGUCCACCGACUCGAAGCGCGAGCGGAAGGCCGCCAAAACGCUAGCCAUCAUUACCGGCGCGUUCGUGUGCUGCUGGCUGCCCUUCUUCAUCAUCGCGAUCCUGUUGCCGACCUGCACGAGCUGCGACAUCAGCCCACUCAUUACGAGCGUCUGUCUGUGGCUCGGCUACUUCAACUCGACGCUCAAUCCGAUCAUCUACACCAUCUUCAGUCCGGAGUUUCGGCACGCAUUCAAGCGCAUCCUUUGCGGGCGAAGGUACAGCUUGCGGCGAACGCGAAACCUCGGCGUGCGUCACAUGCGGUAGAGCAACGACGACUCUUCCGCUGCUAAACAACGGAUGGCGUGGCCUGUGCCAUAUCAAGUGAAACACCUGCGGCACGAAUUACUACUAUUCGCUUAGACGAGCUGUGUACGAAUUACUAUAAUAUCCUUAGUUACUAGCGACACCAUCACACCAUCAUCUCUGUGUGCGUGUGUGUGUGUGUGUACUUUGUGAAUGUCUUAAGUGUGAUCCAUAGUACAAUAGUAAGCGGAGGCGAAUCGUUACAUCAGUGUCAGUGAUGACUGGCUACUGCCAGUCACAUGUAAAUAGUGCAAAAGAAGGGGAGAAAUUGUACAUCUCCUGUCGAACUGUCGGAUAGGAACCGCAUCACACAUUCACAGAAACGGGAUAAGCGGAAGCAAUGUGUACGACAAUGGAGGGACGAUUGGGGCGAGCUACACAGCUGGCCCCCAUUCUUCCCCACAAAGUCUAACCGUUGAUUCGCUUCUUAGAAGAUAUAGUUGACGUCGUUUGUUUAUUAAGACGGUGUAUUUACUUACUAAACUGUUUAGCCCGAUAAGCUCAUGAAACGGGGUGGUCUAAGAGAUCACGAUUGGUUCGGAAAUCGUCGAUAAGCUGCAACUUUCUAGCGCUAUUUAAAAUUUAGAAUCCACAGAAAGCCAUUUUACGCUGGUUCAUUUAUGUAAGAUGGCGAGAGUUAUGCUAAACACGUACACGAAUGCUCGGGCAAGGAAAAGAAAAUCAAAACUGUACAAUCAUGUCCACUAGAUGCGUGAACUGUAGUACGCCAAGUGCUUAGGAGAAUGUGAGCAACUGUUAUCUAAAACUCACUCCGUACAACCGCAGACAAAACAUCGUUUGGGUACAUUUUCAGACAACUGGAAGCAAUAGUGCUUAGAUAAAACGUAUCAGUUGCUAAUUUUUGUUAUUAAUUUUGAAACGUUCUAACUUUUAAAAAUUAUUCAACUAAAAGGAGGGAUACAAGUUCAAUAAGAUCGUGAGAACAACUGAUAACUUGUUAUACAGGUGAAGGUGAAUUCGUUCUUGAAAUACUCCCCGAAACAUUGAUCAGCUGAUUACUCUUACUGCCACACAAGGUUAUCGUUACGUCACGUUGGCUUUACGAAGGAAGAAAUUGACCGUCAAAACCCAUCUUAUCAUAUUAUCAAAGGUUGCAAAGGUAAGCCUCCACAACAUCAGCAAGCAUGAACUAGGAUACGAUACUCUUUACCUGGCAUGAAAAUGCGGAACACGUCACUUAUACGGGCCAAUAAAAGCGUACGAGCAUAAAAUUGUUCUCAUGAAACGUCACCUUGGCUUGGGGUAUGUAUGUGGAUGUACAUACGUGAGUGUGUGUGUGUGUUUAGCGCACGUGCGAGAUGAGCUCUGUUAUUUUUUUGGAAUCUUAAUUUCCGACUUUCGGGCUAGCAUACCAGCUACCAGCACAUUUACACACACACACACAAGAGCAGUGAGAUGUUAAUUUUUAAUGAAUCACGUGAGGUGAAAGUAUAACUGUUGGAUUUACGACAGAAACACUACACAUGUACACCAGCAAAGGACGGAUAUGAACAUAUCUAUCCCGAAGCGUUGGUAGGGUUUUACUGCAUGACAACGUAAGCAUGAAUGUCAACGUUCUUUAGAAGACAUUUCUAACCUUAACCUUAACCAUGCUGUAUGGAAUUUCCUAUAAGGGAACUCUCUUCCUACGAAGAAAAUAAAUGAACAUUUACGCUUAUUUUUAUUCACGCUUGCGGCCAACUGAUUGGGCUGGCGUAAUGAUGGUGACGAUCUUUUGCUCAUUGCUGGUGGGACAAUUUUAUGAUUAUCAUCUUCACACCAUGUUCGAGCUUGUUUUAUGAAGUUUUAUUUUUAUUUUACAUUGUGCUUCCCUAUAUUGACAAAAAUAUUUAAACCGCGUUGUUAAAAAUUUUCAAUUACUAUAUUGAGUAUUUUUUUAACUAAUGUGAUCUAGAUGACACUAUGAUAGCAAGAAGUAAAUUGCCAACAUGCUUGAACAUCUUUCUUCUCUCUCUUUUUGGCUUAACGACUUUUAAGGUCAAAAGUUCAAGAGGUUCUUAAAUAAAUGAAAAUUUGGAGAGUCCGUUUUUUUCAUGGAAAUCCAUACUGUAACGCUUUCUUGUCAUGGAUAAAGAAGCUUAAACCCAUCAAAUUUAAAUGAAAUAACACUACCAAUCCAAGAUGAUUGACUUAACCUUACUCAAUUUACUAAAUUGAAUUCGAACUGAAUAGUAAAGCCUA